AUGGCAGCGAAGCGUCGCAUGGAAGAAGAGCGGAUGGCGCAAUUGGAGAAGUACCGAGAAGAUUACGAGGCACGUGCUGCGCAAGAGGAGAUGCUCCGCGCCCGCACAGAUGCCCUGGUCGCCAAGAUGGAAAAGGAGGAGAUGGAACUCAUCCAGAGGUUGCAGAACACCCAGACCGUCCAGCGCAACGCCUACGAGGAGUUGGAGGCACGGCCUCAUGGCCACGGCCACAUGGCACCCCUUGGCGACAAGAAACUGGAGGGAGGUUUGGGGCCCAAAAGCCGAGCCGCGUCCGGCGGCAUGAGGAUCUGGAGACCCGAAUCGCUUGCGACGGUGGCAGGUCGAAUUCAAAGCCCCCGAGGUGUGGCUGCUGCGGGAUGGCACCGCUACCAUGCUGCAGUGAUGCAGGGAUGCAGCUUGGUAGCGCCCAUCCCCAGCCUCUUAGUUCGAUGCGGGGAGCCGCCCGGAGAGGAGUACCAGCAGAUUCACCAAGAGUUGACCCAGUCCCAGGUAGAGCUGCAAGAGGCGCUAGCCCCUUUGAUGCUUGAGCUUGCUCGAGCAAGGGAAGCUACACGUCUUCUGCUGCCACCAGUGCUGGCGCAGGAUGAAGUAAAGGAGACGAGCACAGCGCCCUCCUUGUCUUCUAGAGAAGCAAUCGAGGCGGAGAUCAAGCACCUGAAAUUGGACAUUGAUCACUUUAAGCAGCUUGGAAGGGAAUGGAAUGUGGCUGCACGACUGCAAACGGAGGAGUACGGCUCCGAAACCAGUGAAAGACCACUGAAAGAAGAAGAAGAAGAAGAAGAGGAGGAGGAGGAGGAGGAGGAGGAGGAAGAGGAAGAGGAAGAGGAAGAGGAAGAGGAAGAGGAAGAGGAAGAGGAAGAGGAAGAGGAAGAGGAAGAGGAAGAGGCCACCGAAGAGUUGGGAUAUCAGCGCGACCGCGCCAGACACCACGAGGUGGGCGCCCCGCUAUCCGCCAUCGCCAUCCGCUGGGCUCAGGCCAAUGUCCAAGCGAUGUUGCUCCGGAUGCAGUCCAAGACGAGGCCGACACCGGACACAGCGCCAAUGGUGCGGAAAGGGCCAAUGGGUGAAUUCUCGCAAGUUACGCACGAAAAUCACGGAACAUGUGCGCAGUUCGCGGUUGUCAAACGCCAUCGCGAGCUGUUGCUCUUGCCGUUCAAGGGAUCUUGCUGCGAGUCUGGGCUUGCAUCAGGACCAGUCCACAGGGUGUCGCAGGAUCAGAUGAGAGCUUUUGGAAGCCAACGAGACUAUGAGCUUCCCGCGGACACAGCGGACGCGGAUGGGCUCAGCCAGCUGCGCAGCGAGGUGGCGCGGCAGAUCCAAAAGCCGCGCUUCCGGGUGAGGCUGUGUGCCGGAGAGACCUGGGUGAAGGACGAUGCUUCGUGGCACCAGCUGGGAUCACCGCUGGAGUUGACGGCCGUCUACGUGAAGUCUGAGAAGCGGGUGAACGGCCACGCCACUGAACUCUUGGAAGCUGUGAAGACGAAUGAACUGCUGCAAGUGGAGGAGAUCUUGUGUCGCGGCCAACGCACCGACGCCACGGAUCCCAAUGGCGUCUGCGCCUUGUGCUUCGCUGCCCAGCAAGGCAAUGAGGAUAUGCUGCAGCUUCUCUUGGAAGCCAAGGCCCAGGCAGAUGGCGUGCAACGAGACCUGAUUCAGGACGCCGUGGGGCCCGCGCACCGUGGCUUUUCCAUGGUGCAGCGGCCCCUUUGCUUCGCCGCACACGGCGGCCAUAGCCAGUGCCUCCAGCUGUUACUGGCAGCGCACGCCAAUGGAAACCUCCGGGAGACGGGCGCUGGCACGGCACUACAUGCAGCGGCACAUCCAGAGGGCACAGCCUGUGUACAGCUGCUGUUGGCAAAGAACUGCAAAGCGAAUCAGCAGGACGUCCAAUUCCGCACGCCGCUGUAUCUGGCCGCGGCCAGCGGCGCCUUGGAGGUGAUGGAUCUGCUGCUGGCUGCGAAGGCCUCGCCUUGGAUGCCGAACCGAAGGCAGCAAACGCCGCUGCAUGUGCUCCGCGAGGCAGGCGGUGUGGAGAAGCUGCUGAGGGCCAGAGCUGGGGUGAAUGAGCAGGUUGACCGCAGGGAUUUGGUGAAUGUCGCAGGUGAGUCCUAUUCCAUUGGGCUUUGGAAAACUGGUAACUAUGCCGCUGCCCACCUUGCUACCGCUGUGGUGCAGAUUAUGGUGGAGGAGAUGCUGGGUUACAACACGGAGCUGAAAGGUACAGGAGGAAUCGCCAUGGAUGCUUUCUAUGCUUUGAUGGGGUGCACAAAUCCUUUGGGCAACGCAGAUCGAGGUUGUGGCCGCAGUGUGACCUACGUUCACAUCAAUGUGGAGGCUUGGCAAGAAGGCUAUGUUGACGAGUGGGCUCAAGUCCAAGCCCAGUAUCCCAAGGUGGCGCCCAAAAAUUUGGGAAAUGGAGGCUACAGUGGCACAACCGCGAUGUAUGUUCCACUUGCAGUGCAGCAGAAGGCUUAUCAAGCAGAGGGCAUCAGUUUGGAUUUCUACAGGGACUACAACAUGUCAUGGAGAACCCCAGGGAGCUACUUUACUCCCCCAGGUGACAUGAAUGUUUCGAAAUUACUUCCCUGCGCGGACACGGCGUUGAUGUCUAACGCAGUUAUGGGGAACUAUUUCGACCUCACAGGAGAUGCAGAGGGUGUGGUGGUUGACAGCGAAGGUCUUGUAGUUGCAAAAUGCUUUGCGGACCACUUUUGGUAUGCACCUGCCUGCAGAGCAGAUCCUGGCACUUGCUUGACGUGGUUCACUGGUGGCACUGGAUGGGGAAUUGGGGAGACGCUGAUCAAGGCAACCAUCUACAACAUGCCUGUGGCAACGGCUGUUGCCAGUACUUUCCAGGCUUAUGCCAAUCUGCCAACGGACUUCAAUUUCAUGCUGUACUGGUGGGUUCCUGAUCCUACUUUCCUCAGGUUGAAGCCAGGAAAGAUAAUCUUUCCCGAGUACGAUAAAGAGGCAUGGGCCAGGGGUGAUGUACGUUCCGCCAGUCGAGAUAUUUCUGUGGACAAGCUCGUGAGUUGGGAUUUAAGCCUCUUGGCCCCAGAAGUGGAGGAGUUUCUCACCAGAUUCCAGCUCAGCCCCAAAGCAAUUGAUGACAUGAUGUUGGACCAAUUGGACACCACUGAUGUUGACUUUGAUGUGGCGUGCCGCUGGCUCCAGUCAAAUGAACAGAAACGGAAAACCUGGCUUCCAGAAAGAGGAAAAUGUUUCUCCCAAUUCGGGAUGUACAGCGAGAAGGACGAGAAAUUUUUGCAGACUCGUGAGGGGGUCAAAAUCACCUGUAGGGCUUGUCCUUCAGGCUUCUUCUCCUCUCAGCUGCUGGAUGCACAAGGAAUCACAUACAUUUGCCAAGAAUGUCCCAGUGGAUCCUUCCAAGUUUCUGGAGCAUCGGUGUCAUGCUCUCCAUGUCCAACUGGCAGCUACCAGAAUGAGACCGGGAGUCUGGCGUGCAACCGUUGUCCAGUUGGCCAGUACCAAGAUGAAGAGGGUCAACGUGACUGCAAGCUUUGCCCGGCUGGUGCCACAACGCUCUUGUUGGGGUCCAACUCAAUUUUGGAUUGUGGCUGCAAGGCUGGGUCCAUCAACGUCGCCACCGUUGCCGCAAAUGUCACCACUAAACCUUUGGAGUGCAUUCCAUGUCGUGAAGGCUUCGACUGCCCAUUCUCCUCAAGCGUUCAAGCUUUGCUGACAGGACAGCCUUCGUCAAGUGAACAACUCGCGACCAGAAUCCAAAGUGGCUACUUCGCAACCGUCAAUGAUCCGUUGCAGCUUUUCCGAUGCAGACCUGCUGCUUGGUGCCCAGGAGGAAUGCCAGGAACAUGCGCUGGGGGCCUGAAGGGUGAGCCUUGCUCAUUCUGUCCUGAUGGCAAAAGCUGGGCAGGUGACAAGUGUGCAGAUUGUGGAGCCGCAGCAGUUGGCUGGGCGGCUGCAGUUUCAUUGGCUUUGAUAGGCGUUAGAACCGCCUAUUUCUACACAAACUCUGCUGUCACUGCACAGGCCACACCUUUCAAAACCUUUCAAAUGGCAGUUGGCUUGGUGGUGAACGUCGUACAAAGUCUCGCAUUAUUUGGCUUGAUGUCGGCGAAAUGGCCUCAGACAUUUGAGAUGGCCUCCGCAAGUUUGCAGAUCUUUGUCCUGGACCUGGAGGGGUUGAACUUAGGUUGCCUUAUUGGCAGGACCUCUUCCCUCAGCUAUGUGGCAACCGCAAUUAUUUGCCCCCUUAUGCUAGUGUGGCUUGCGCUGUGCCAUGCGUUGUCCCAUUCGCGUUGCUCCCGGAUGUGGGGACUUGAGCGGUGGAAAUUGCCGUUUACCUUCAACACCAUGGGGCUUGGCCUCCAGCUGGGCUUUGGCACAAUUGCUGCGGUCGCCUUGAAACCCAUGAUGUGCUACAAGCAUCCGAAUGGGCGGCACAGUGUUCUAAGCUACCCUGGCAUUUUUUGCGGAGACAGUGGGCACGGCCUUCUGCUGUCGUUUGGCAUGUCUUCGCUCAUUGUUUUUGUGGUGGGGUUCCUGGUCGUUUGCAGCUAUGCUGUCUGGAAACUUCCUCGAUGGAGUGUUGAGGGUAAGCAUGCAAAGGUGCAAAGCUUCCGAUUUUGCACAGCAAAUUUCCGCACUGACACCUAUGGAUUCAUAGUGCCGCUCCUUUGCCGCGGCUUGGGCUUUGCAAUUGCAGUUGUAGCCGGCACAAACGCGCCGCCAGUGCAGACAGCCAUGGCAAGCAUGAUAUUGAUCAUCUAUCUGGUGUUACAAUCGUCUCUCCGACCAUGGAAGGCUCCCGCCAUCAAUGUCGCAGACACUGUUUUCAGCGCAAGCCUCCUCACAUUGGCAAGCAGAUCCAUUCAAACGGAUAGAGAGAUGGAAGCCGGAUUUGCCGAAUACUUCACCUCGAUCAUUUUGAUGUUGAUUCUCUUUUGCUUGGCUUCACUGGUGCUUCUAUGCAUCCUCGGGAUGGCUUUGAAGUUUGCUGGAGCUGAUUGGGACAAAUUUUUGAGCCUGGGUAGGAGCUAUAACGGCUAUGCCGCCAUCAAGAUAAGUCAGUCCCUGAAGCAAUGUGCAGAGGGGCUGAUGCAAAUGGAAGCUGACUACUUGUGCAGGGAGAUUGAGGCCAUGAACUCCUACGAUGUGCGGACCAUCCUGAAUCUCAUCAACAUCGUCGGGGCCGACUUGGACCAUCUGACUUCGAACCCCGCGAUCGCUCAGCUGUCCCAGCGCCACAGCUGUCCCAGUGCGCCCGGUGCUUCGGAGACCUGGGAGACCCCGGAUCCAAACGAUCCAAGAUCUGACGGAGAGGCCUCAGACCCAGGUAAAGAUCCCAAGUCCCACAUUGUCUCCAUGGACUCAGCUGGCACCACACCCCUCCUGGCAGCGGCGGCUGUUCACAACGCAGAGCUGGUGGCAGAGCUGCUGAAAGGCAAGGCCUCGCUGGAGAUGCGAACUCGCAAAGAGGAGACGGCCUUGAUGGUGGCAUGCAGGAAGGGCAACCACGAAACGGUGGAGGUGUUGCUGGGGGCAAACAUGGAGGUGAAUGCAGUGGACAAGGUCGGUGCUUCUGCGCUCCAUCAUGCGGUGGAUGGCCGAGUGAACCAAUGCAUGUGGCACCUGCUGCAAGCCAAAGGCGACAUGAAGCUGCAAGACCAAAGUGGCCGCAACGUGCUGUGUGCCGCCUCCGACCUGGGCCUUCCACCGAUGGUGCGCCUCCUGCUGGACCACUGCGCCAAGGAUCCCAUCGAAGGCCGCAGCGCGGAUCUCUUCGGCCGCACCGCGGUCUACGCCGCGGCGGAACGGGGCAACAAACAGGUCCUGGAGAUGCUGCUGCAAGCGGAGUGUAAUCUGAAGGACGUGGAUCGCAACCAGCGCAGCCCGCUGCACGCCGCCUCGCUGGGCGGCUUCCUGGACCCCGUGCAGCAGCUGCUGCUGGCGCGCAGCGAGGUGCACGGCCAGGACCGGGACGGACACACGGCGCUGCACGUGGCGGCGGAAGCGGGACAUGUGCAGGUGGUGGAGGAGCUACUCCAGGGUGGCGCAGACCUUCGGGUGAACCACAAGGGCAGCACCCCGCUGCACCUCAGCGCCCGGCACGGGCACCGCACCUGCUGCGAACGCCUGGUGGCGGCCCCCGUGGCGCUGGGCACCGUUGGUGCGGCCAACGACACGGGGCGCACUGCGGUGCACCUGGCAGCGUGGCAGGGACACCACGAGGUUGUGAAGAUCCUCUUGGAGGCGCGCGCGGACACCAGCCAUCCGGACAGCCACUGUCACACCGCGCUGCACCUGGCGGCAGAUGAGGGACACCUCUUGGCGGUGCAAUGUCUGGUGGAGGGGAAGGCGGAUUGCAACCAGCCCAACAGCCAUGGCCGCAGCGCGCUGCAUGCAGCUGCCAAUCGAGGCCAUUUGGAAAUUUGCAAGCUCUUGGUGGAGGCAAAGGCAUCGCUGAAUCUGCCGGACCGCUACUCCGAGACGCCUUUGAAGUCUGCCGCUGUGUCGGGACACAAAGACCUGGUCCUAGCACUAAGCGCAGGAAGCACAGGAAGCACAGGUAUCACAAAGAAUGGGGACCAAAAUGAGACCAACCAAGACUGGGAUGGAGGCUCUCAACGCCGCGCAGAGAUGCUUCGAUGUCGGCAGCACCGCUGUGCCAUGGAGUGCCAGGAGAUCUCCUCGUAUCUCUGGGACUACUACUACUGUGGCCAUCCCAACGGUCCAGACUUCCAGAUGCCAGAGAGGAGGCAGCAUUGCGAGGAGCUCUGCGAGUUGGAGGACCGUUAUCGAAGGUUACUGGAGGAGCAGGAUGCCGAACGCCGGAAGCAGGAGGUGAAAGAAGAGCUCUUGCAGUUGCAGGACGAGUACGAAGCACUGCUGGAGAAGCAGGCGGCGUGUCAGCAGAUUCGCUACUUGACCAGUCAGCGCGAAUGCGAAUGCGAAGGCUUUCUGGAUGUGAAGGCGCGAGAACGGAUCCUGCGACAACGGAGACAGGACGUGUUGGCGCAGCAGGAGGUGGAUGACCAGAUCUUCCAAGUGCUGGCAGAAAAGCAGCAACUACUCCAAGAACAGGAUUGCUUGGUGUACCAUUUUCCAGACAAAGGACAACCAUUCUGGGUCACCAAAAAGGACACGGCCACGGAGAUGGGAGGGCCCUGUCAAGAGUUUGAACAUCGGAUGCAGAUGAUCGACGAUGCCCAUGCUGACCUCCAGGCGAGGAUCAAGGCUCAAGUCACGGUGAGGAAUCGCUGUCCGGGCUGUCGCCCCAGAUCCGCACCAGGUCGACCUCGGUCGCCACCUCGGCACACAGGUGCUCUUGGUCCACGCGGACAUUGUGCAGGUCAGUGGCGUCCUGCCCCCCGUGGCUAUGUCCCUGGGCGAGUUCGCGGCGAAAUCGAUGUCAGGCCAACUUUGCCACCAACGCUGGGGCUCAACGCCACGACUUCGACUACCGCAGGCUCACCUAGCAACUUUACCUCAACAGGAGAUUUCACGCCGGGAGCGAACCAGGUCGUCACUUUCGAUGUUGGUGUAGGAGUCCCCAAGGGAAGCCCUCCGAAGGUUCCGAAGAUUCCUGCACUGGGCUUGCCACAAGGCGGCUCCAGCAGCACCUGGUCUGGCGCCAGCGCCAGCAGGAGAUUGACGAUUCGGGGAUUGGUCCUGACAGAGCUCAUGAAGGCUCUUCGUUUAGAAGCAGAAGCAGAAGACAUUCCACCUGAAAAGCCAACAAAGAUGCAGAACCAAAGAGACCACUAA